AUGUUAAUUAAUCCCACCAUCAAAAUGGCAAUUCUUCUAACUCUUCUUGUCUUGUUCUUGGAUUUCGGAAGAUCACAAGGUGGCGGUGGAGGAAGAAGACCACCGUCGGAGUAUUGGAGUAGUGGCGGAGCAACGGGGGCGAAGUAUCAAACGAUCGUUGUCGAUCAAUCGGGUCGGGGAAACUACACCACCAUUCAGGCAGCCAUUGAUGCCAUUCCUUCAGACAAUAUGCAAUGGGUUUGUGUUUAUGUUAAGACGGGCUUUUACAACGAACAAAUUAAAAUCCCUAGUGAUAAAUCCAUGAUUUAUCUUAAAGGAGACGGUAAAAGAAAAACCUACGUCGUAUGGAACUCAAAUGACUCCAUUGAAACCGAUGCCACUUUUACUUCAGAAGCUGAUGACGUGGUGGUCAAGAGCAUCUCUUUCAUCAAUUCUUACAACUACCCAUUGGGAAGCAACGACAACCCUAUUGCACCGGCAUUGGCCGCCAAGAUCUCCGGCGACAGAUCGGCGUUUUAUCGUUGCGGUUUCAUGGGUGUUCAAGAUACGUUGUGGGAUGUUUCAGGCCGACAUUACUUCAAACUGUGCUCGAUACGAGGCGCCGUCGAUUUCAUCAUGGGAUCUGGUCGAUCCAUAUACGAGAGGUGUACGUUGUCGGUGAUUGCGGGGUUCUUAAGUCCACAACCGGGGUUCAUCACUGCACAAUCAAGAGACGAUGCUAGUGAAACGAACGGGUUUGUGUUCAAAGAUUGCAACGUGAUCGGAAAUGGCACGACGUACUUGGGAAGACCAUGGCGAGGCCAUGCUCGAGUUCUUUUCUAUAACUCAACGUUGUCAAACAUUGUCGUUCCUGAAGGAUGGCUUCCCGGGGAUUUGGAUAGCACCACAGAGAACGACUUGAUGUUUGCGGAGGACGGUUGUCGUGGCGAAGGAUCAGAUACGUCGGGGAGAGCGGGGUGGGUAAAGAGGCUGAGCAAGGAGGAGGUAUGGAAGUUGACAAGCAUGUCUUACAUUGAUGAAGAAGGUUGGAUUAAGGAUCAAGCUUUCAACAUGUUGCCUUCUUGA